AUGGGUGAUGAAGACAACGUGAUCGCAGUUGUCCAAGUCGAGGAGGACAUCCAACGUCAUCUGGCAGACAGCAUCAGAGGCAUUCCAGUCACUGCCUCCGAUAUACAUGAUGCAACCAAGCGAGACCCCGUACUCCAAAAGUACCACCGAACAGCAGAUGGAUUGUCUCACCAAACGGGCGAUGAAGACAACGUGAUCGCAGUCGUCCAAGUCGAGGAGGACGUCCAACGUCAACUGGCAGAUACCUUCAAAGGCAUUUCAGUCACUGCCUCCGGAAUACAUGAUGCAACCAAGCGAGACCCCAUACUCCAAAAGGUGAUGAAGUUCAUCAACACCUCCUGGCCACAGAAGAGCACCGCUGGAGAUCUCACGCAUUUCUUCCGACGCCGUCAGUCCCUGUCCAUCAUCGACGGGUGUGUCAUGUGUUCCGAUCGUGUGGUCGUCCCUGCGUCCCUCCGCCGAGCCGUCCUUCGCAAAUUCCACUGCGGACAUCCCGGCAUAUCCAGAAUGAAGGCACUCGCCCGCGGCUAUGCAUACAGGCCCGCAAUGGACAUCGACAUAGAUCAGACUGUGAACCAAUGCUCUCGCUUCCAAGAAGCCGCAAAACUUCCAGCUCGAAAACCACCUUCGCCAUGGCCUAAACCAGAGACACCAUGGUCUCGACUGCACAUCGAUUUCGCUGGGCCAAUGAACGGGAUCAGCUAUCUCAUCAUCGUCGACGCAUACUCCAAAUGGCCGGAAGUGAUUCCCUUGAGGACCGCCAUUUCGCCGCACUCCAGCGAACUUUCGCUCAACACGGUCUUCCUGUAG